UGAUGGCUCUUGCAGGAAAGCUUCCAGUGCUAUCGGAUCAACUUGACUUCAGUGGAACGACUUCCCUUCGUAAAUUAAAUGAUUCUUGCAGCGAAAACUUAUGUGAAUUACUGUCUCAGUCAAAAGAUGCGUUAUCGUCAUCCAGUAAAGGGGUUUUUAUGGGUAUAGUUGCCAACCAAGGCGUACUUUUAAGAAAACUAGAUGCAUACACAAGACAAAAGCGUACUUUGUCCAUGCCAACCGACAUACUUGAAAAUGUAAUGGAAGCUGAAGUAACAGAACAAAUGGCAAACAGAAAAAGUUACGCAUCUGAAAUAGAAAAAAAUCGUUCUGAAUCUAAAAGUACUUGUAAUUCUCACUCACCUUUCUUUCCAUACACUACAACAACAGAUAUACCUAACAGCAAUGAAAUGGAAGAAGUUUGUUUCUCAUCGGUUUGCGAACCAAGUAUGGAUAGCCAAGAUGCAAAUAUGAAGAAAAGUGUCCAAUGUAAUACUUUUACAUGCCUUGUAUUAAAUGAUCCCAUUGACGAUUUUCAAGCUAUGGAGUCACGCAAAAACCUAUAUAACAAUGUCAAUGAUGACACCACAAAUGACAAUGUAUUUCUCAGUCGACAAGGAUUUCCUGUUGUUAAUGACGCCACCGACAGGCAUUCGCCUUCAAUUUACAGUGUUUUACCUUCAUGUCUUAAGAAAUCUAGUCAGGACUUUGAUGAUGAUUCAAAUGACAAGGUGAGAGGAAAACCUUUAAUGUAUGCUGAAGCUCUAUGGGAUCAUGUAACGAUGAACGAAGAAGAAUUAUGUUUCACAGCUGGCCAAGCUAUUGCAGUAUAUGAUGUUGACGAUCCUCAAUGGUGGUUUGGAAUUGCAAAUGAUAAUAUCGGUUGGUUUCCAGCUACUUUUGUUUGGAUUCCAGUCUCGGCGGACUUACUAAGUAAGUAUGAAAGCAAUUAUAAAAGGAACCUUGAAAACGCAAAUGAAGAAUAUGAGAUUAGAAGCGAUGAGUGUCUAUCAAACGAACUAAUCCGGGAUAGGAUUUUGGAAGAAAUUGUCAACACAGAACGUGACUACGUUAAAAAUCUUCACGAUAUCAUCGAGGGUUUCCUCAAACAAGCAAGGAAGCGACCAGAUAUGUUUAAUGAAACAUUGCUGAUGGCAAUAUUUUCCAACAUUGAAAAAAUCUAUAUUUUUCAUUUGGAUUUUUUUCAUUCUAUCAAACGUGAAUUUGAUCAAUCAAUGUUACACAAAGAAGCUGUUGAUGAAAUUGGUGCAGUAUUUUUACAAAAUAGAGAAAAAUUUGAACUGUACUCAGAAUAUUGUAAGAACCAUGAGAGAGCAACGUCAGAGUUGAAAAAUCUUCUACAACAAGACAAAUAUAAAUAUUUUUUUGAAGCAUGUCGAAUGCUGCGAGAAAUGAUCCAGAUUUCUUUAGAUGGCUUUCUUCUUACCCCAGUUCAAAAAAUAUGUAAAUACCCUUUACAGUUACAGGAGCUUCUCAAGUAUACCAGUCCAGAACAUAGGGAUUAUAACAAUGUAAAAUAUGCGUUGGAAGCGAUGCGAGAGGUGGCAUCGAGUAUAAAUGAAAAGAAAAGAAAAGUGGCUAACAUAAAAAAAAUUGCUGAAUGGCAACUUAAAAUUGACCAAUGGCAGGGAGAAGACGUCCUUGUAAAGAGCAGCCAACUUGUUCAUUCUGGAGAAGUCAGCAAAAUUUCCAAGGGAAAAAUACAAAAUGUGACGUUGUUUCUUUUUGAUCAUCAGCUUGUUUACUGUAAAAAGGAUCUAAUAAAGAAACGUUCUAUGGAAUGGAAAGGAAGAAUCAUUUUGGAGAAUUACAAAUUUGAAAAACUGGAAGACGGUGAAGUGUGUCAAAAUGGUGUAUUAGUUAAAAUUCAUGGCGUUUAUCAAACAAACACAGCAGUAACACAUGUAUAUUUCUUGCUAAAACAUCAGAACUAAGAGAUAAAUGGAUUGGAUAUUUUCUUCAAGAAAGAAAGAUUGUGUAUGAAACAACUUCAGCAAACAGUAUUCCAUUGAAGGAACGUUUGGCUGCUAUGGAAGAAGCAAGAAGUGCUAUGAAGAAAAGAAAGCAAUUAUUUAAAUGUGAAAAGAAGUACGGGAACUUUACCACAACCAAUCAAAGAAGAAGGAAAACCUAUUGUAGCAAUGAAAAUUCUCAAUCAAGGAUUGAACUUCCUCAUCCUGUAUCAAGUACAAUGUUGUUUUCUCAUGGUCGAACUCGCAUGUCUUUGAGAAGAUCUAAAUUAUUUAAGAAACGCAUGUUGAAGCCACGAGAUUGAUUGUUUCUGAACAAAAAUAACCCACACUUUUAUGGAUACUUAAUUAUCUGUCCUUCUCAUGCCCAAUUAAAAGUAUUUUGUUGCAUAGGCUACAUAA